CGCCUGGAGACAAAGGUGCGAUGGGAAUCCCUGGGCGGCCGGGACUAAAAGGGCAGUCUGGAGAGAAGGGUGCUCCAGGAGAGGCUGGCAUGUCUAUCAUUGGGCCCCGUGGUCCACCCGGACAGCCUGGAACAAGAGGUUUUCCUGGAUUCCCGGGCCCUAUUGGCUUGGAUGGCAAACCGGGUCAUCCUGGACAGAAGGGAGAGAUGGGUGCUCCAGGUCCCAGGGGACAACUUGGACCUCCAGGACAAAAAGGAGAAAAGGGUCAGUGUGCAGAGUACCCGCACAGGGAAUACCUAAGUACCACCCUUGCAGCCCUGCGCUCUAACCAGAUCCUUACGCUCAAGGGUGAACAAGGACAAGCAGGGAUCCAAGGUCCCCCAGGGCCCCCUGGUCCACCAGGGCCUGCUGGACCAGCUGGACCCAAAGGAAUCCCAGGACAUCCUGGGCCAGUUGGGCCCCCUGGCAGAACGGGAGAACCUGGAAAGCCUGGCAGAGAUGGAAAGGGCUUACCUGGGCCUCCUGGACCAAAGGGAGAUGCUGGGAUUCAGGGACACCCUGGCAGAAAGGGUGAGGCGGGUGAGUCAGGCCUGCCUGGUGCCCAUGGCCUCCCUGGAGCCUCUGGCCCCAAGGGUGAAAAAGGGGACACUGGCAUCAAGGGGGAGAGAGGCAUGCCAGGGCUGCCAGGAAGACAUGGCUUUAAGGGUGCUCCUGGGGUGGCCGCCGCAGGGAUGAAGGGCGAGCCUGGGACUCCAGGAGAAAAGGGAGAUCCUGGAGUCCCAGGGAGGAUGGGCCCCCCAGGUUUGCCAGGGAAGAGGGGGCAGCGGGGUGAGAAGGGACGAGCUGGUGACCCUGGUCUUCCUGGACUCCCUGGCCCUAAGGGAGAGAAGGGAAUUGCUGAGAAUGCCUUGGUGGGAGCUAAAGGAGAACCUGGCCCUCCAGGUCUGCCUGGACCCCCUGGACCAAAGGGAGAAGCUGGUGACGUUGGCCGGCCGGGUGCUGCAGGGUCACAGGGAGAAAAGGGAGAACGUGGUUCGCCAGGAGACCAGGGACCCAUGGGCCCAAGGGGCCCUAAAGGAGAGCCUGGGAAGGAUGAAAUGAUGGACUAUGAUGGGAACAUCAGUGAAGCUCUCCAGGAAAUACGAACUUUGGCCUUGAUGGGACCCCCAGGACUUCCAGGUGUGGCUGGACCUCCAGGGCCACCAGGACAGAAGGGUGAAAUUGGCUUGCCAGGUCCUCCAGGCCACGAUGGAGAAAAGGGACCACGUGGCAAGCCUGGAGAAUUGGGCCCCCCUGGCCCUCCUGGACUUCCAGGAAAGGAUGGACCCCCUGGAAUAAAGGGAGAGCAGGGCCACGUCGGGGUCAGAGGAGAAAAGGGCGAUAAGGGAGAGCCAGGACAAGCGGGCCCACCGGGUCUAGAUGGCCCCACUGGAGAGAAAGGAGAACGAGGUGACCAAGGGAUACCAGGACCAUCAGGAUUGCCAGGUCCCAUUGGACUUCCAGGAUUGACAGGAGAGAAGGGUGAGCCUGGGCAGCGUGGAGACAAAGGAAACCCAGGAGAAUUGAUACCUGGGCCCCCUGGACCCCAAGGCCCUCCAGGACCUCCGGGUGUUCAGGGCAUCCCAGGACCCAAGGGGGAAGCAGGGAUUGAUGGAGUGAAAGGAGAGAAGGGUGCCCAGGGUGAAAAAGGAGACAGAGGGCCACUGGGAUUACCCGGUGCUUCAGGUUUAGACGGCAGGCCUGGACCACCGGGUAUUCCAGGACCAAUUGGGGUUUCAGGACCAGCAGGACCAAAAGGAGAAAGGGGCAGUAAAGGAGAUCCUGGAGUUGCAGGACCAAUGGGGCCAAUAGGGCAUCCUGGUUUACAAGGUCUACCUGGUGACAAGGGAGCCCGGGGGGAGAGGGGCAAGAAAGGCUCUAGAGGGUCUAAAGGGGAUAAGGGAGACCAAGGAGCACCUGGAUUAGAUGCACCCUGUCCGUUGGGGGAAGAUGGCCUUCCAGUUCAGGGCUGCUGGAAUAAGUGAUGAUUCUAACCCUGGACUGGCCUGUGUGUGUUACUGUACAUAGAAUAUUUAUUUUUAUACAGUGUUUUUCUCUGAAAUGCCAAAAGUUAUGCAUUUUUACAAAUUAUCAAAAAGUGGUAUUUUUUUGUACAGAAAAUACUAGAUCUCCCUUUUUUUCCAUUUGUCAGUUCUCUGUAUGAUUCUAUGUCUGCAUUAUGCUUGUUUUGUCAUGGAGUACAGCUGUAAUAUUUACAUGGUAUUUGUGCAUACAUGAUAAAUAUAGGAACUUAAUAAAUUAUUGCAUUAAAAGUGCCCAAAGGAACUGCCCUGUAUAGAUUUAAAGGUCAUUUUCAUUUUUCAAGCUGGACAAUUCAAGAGUAUUUCAAAACAUUAUGUGUUUUUUAUUAAAGUGAGAUAUGAACACUA